GAGCGCGUAAGUUAUCAUAUCUUCCCCGACCCUUCUGCUAUACAACAAGUCGCACAUUCCUGGAACAAUGAAGCGACAGGCAAAUACUAAUUUCUCGUCUAUGUGCUUAUGCAAAAAACUCAGCGAUCAUUGGUGCCGCACAUAGAAACCGCUAUACGUAGACGACUGGCUGACGCCACGACAGAAAAAAUCAGAAGCAAGAGUUAUCAUAUCUUCCCCGACCCUUCUGCUGUACAACAAGUCGCACAUUCCUGGAACAAUGAAGCGACAGGCAAAUACUAAUUUCUCGUCUAUGUGCUUAUGCAAAAAACUCAGCGAUCAUUGGUGCCGCACAUAGAAACCGCUAUACGUAGAAGACUGGCUGACGCCACAAGAGAAAAAUCAGAGGCAAGGCGGACAGUUUUUCGGCUGGCCAGCAGCCGGCAGUUGGUUGCGAACUAGCAAGGCGUACACUUGUGCAUAAAUAAAAAUAAAAUAAAAGAGUCUAAUACCACGAAAAUAAAUAAGUGUUUCAUUUAAAACAUAACUGGCGCAGCCGGACACGAACUAGGGAUUAAAACGCCCUUUACGCAGUCUGAAACUUUCUACUAUUAAAUUGGAAGCUUACAUCAACACCACACUCACCAAAAGGAAAGGAGAACACACACAUAUAUAAACAUAAUCUUAAGUCAACAUUACAUACAAUUAUUUUAUAGUCAACACUACAUAACAUAUAUACCAUUAUUAUCACUAGAUUAAUAAGUCACAUAUCACACACAUAUAUAUUAACAUAAUUUUUUACCAAUACUACUACAAAUUACACUAUACUACACUACACCACAGUACAGCAUAAUAAUAUUAUUACCAAUGUCAAAACAAGCCGUACUAAUAACAAGACCAGGAGCAGGCUAGGUUUAAGAAGCGGUGACAAUCUUUCUGAGAUAAGGACAUUAGAAGAAGACGAACAGUUAGAGCAAGUCCGUCAGUCGGAACAACUAAUCAAUAACAACAAUAUGGAUUCUGGCAAUUCAUCAGGUCUUCUAAGUCCCACACGCAGUAGAUCGUCUACCCUCAUUAAUACUAACCUUAACCCAACCGACAUAUUGGCCUUUGUCGAACAGCUCCCUAAAUUCGAAGGCCCCCCUGAUAACCUCGAAAAAUUUAUAACUAGCGUAGAAGAACUACUCUUAUUGAUUAAAUCAGUGGAUCAGACACCAUAUGGACAACUUCUCCUUAGGGGCGUCCGAAACAAAAUUAUUGGCAAAGCAGACGAGGCCUUAAUUCUUUGUGACACACGGCUAAACUGGGACGAUGUCAAAACAAACCUUAAACGCCUUUAUAGCAGUAAGAAAACUGAAGCCAUGUUACUUAGGGAAAUCCAAACCCUCCCAGACGGGCUCACGAUGGGAAAGUUAUUCUUUACAAUUAUCAAAUUGAGAAGUCAAUUAACGACACUAGCUAAAGAUAUAGACCAGAAUAGUUACGGCCUUGCAGCCAAACGUGCCCUAUAUGACGAAAUCUGUCUUAACGCAUUUAUCGUCGGGCUUAAAGACCCACUAAGGACAAUAAUCAGAACCCGAAACCCAGAGACAAUAGAGAAAGCCUACGAAUACGGACAGAUUGAGCAAAGCUUCUUUUACCAGAACAGACAACAGGAAGAUCGUAACCACGACAGAUCGAAAGACCGAAACCACCCAUAUUUAAGAAGAAAUCAGCAGGAACAAAAACAAUCGAACAAUAACAACAAUAAUAACAGCAACAACCGUUAUAUUUCACACCAACAAACAAACACCCAACAACGAGGACAAACAGUUAGCAACCAAAACCCCUUCCGUAAUAACGGAAAGUCAAUUUCGUCAAACCAACAAAGCGGUAACGGUCCUUCUACAGGUGCUACUCUAUGCAACAUCAGUGAUGAUGGAAAUUUUCCGCUAGGAGCCUCGGUAGACCAGUCGGGUACCUAAACAAAGAGACCCACGGAACAUCCUUACCGUAUAUUCUCUUAUCCACAAAGCUUAUUGUUACAAACCCCCUUAAGUUCUUAAUAGACACCGGGUCCA